CACUUUAGAAAGUAUAAAUAAAAGACAGCCAGUAAUGAACUGAAUGCUCGGGUUAUGAAUUUGAAAUCAGAAGCAACAAAAGUUCAUUUUCUGUAGGCUACUGAUUAAUCUUAUUUUAUUUUAUUAAUUUUUUCGGCUCUUAUUUCAAAUACCCAAUGCUCAUCAACAAAGAGAUUUUCCAAACAAAAACAAGUCGGAAAGCAAGUAUUCUGUUUUUGGUUUCCAUCUCUUAUCGAUCUCCAGUAGAUAAAUUUCUUCUAAAUUGAUGAAAAGAACAUGAUAUUCAUUACCACAGCUAGUCAAGAAUCAAAACCGAUUUGUCAUAUAUUGACCGACUUUUCGCUAUAGUUCCUCACGUUAAUGAUAAAAGAGCCUUGAUUAAAACUGAUUAGGUUUUGAGCUCAGCCACCGACGAAUUAAGCACGGGAUCCAGAAGUAUUUGCUAUGGACACCAAAUUAACCGAGGACGACGAGCACACGAUUUCUUGUAAUAGCACUUUGAUUAGACGAAGCAAGUGGGCUGUAAACGUUUCGUUGCAUAUGAACUGAGACUGUCAUACCAUCGUAGAAACAUGCGAGAAACAUGCGAAAAACGGCUUAGUUACAACUUACAAAUUGAAUCCCCCAUCUUGGUAUGUCGCAUAUUCCGAAAAUAUGAAGCAACACGAAAAUAACCUAACCGGAAGAAAACCGAAGAUGCUGUCAUAAAACAUUACAAAAAUAUUGAUUCAAAAAAGCACAGGAUGUAAAUUUUGUAAACAAGCCGUCACACAAUUAGGGUCAAAAUAUUAAUAGUGAAAUCGCACAAUUAUCAACUAUUCCUUCAAACAAUUACAACCAUUAAAGUUCAGUACCCCAGGCGAGGGUGUUUCCCAAAUCCUUUGUAGCGUACCUUGAUACAAUGUAGGGACUUUUCCCAAAAAUAAUACACUCCGGCAUGUCUCAGCAAGCCCUCCAACAGCAGCAGCCCUCCAACCUCGGAAAGCAGUGACGUAUGCAAGGACGAAACGGGAGGAGGGAAGGUAUUUCAUGCUCCCGGUGAAUGACGACUACCGUUGUGUGUCAUGGACACCCCAAAUGGGAAAGCUACGUAGUGCAGCACCCUUGCUCAAUAUCAUUUUUUUUUUUUUUAGCUGGGUACGCAAGUUAAGAGAGAGGUCACGGUCCGUUGAUUUCUAACAGUCGGUAAACCUGCGUAAAACAAAAUAUAUGCAUCAACACUGACGUAUAACAUGACCUUUGAUCACUCUGGUUUUCGCCUGAAUUCUCAGACAGACAACAAAAGUUUCUGGUAAUAUUUGCCAUUACGACGAGGAUGUCAACGAUGCCGGCUUUAUCGUUUUCAUAGUAGCUUUAUUAAGCGUUUUUUCACGAUAUAGAUCAGAUUAAAAAAGCUGCUGAAUGUUGGAAGCGAGUCGAAUACCCAGCGUCGUCUGAUCUGGAGGAAUCGUGUAAGCUGAAAUAAACUUUAGAAGUUAUGGACACGGUGCACCAGAACUGACACUUUGAGCGAUGCUACCGUUUUAAAUUCAUGGCCUCGACUGAGGACAGUUCUCUUUCGACUGACUCAAAGCUUUCUGAUGUCCUAAAACGUCACCCAGACUUCUUGGAUCAGUUGGCAUUAUGCUUGGACAGAAACAUGAGAUUAAUCCCGAACUGGAAACAGUUAGCAAGGGAACUAAACGUGGAUGAGGAUGUCAUCAAAAAAUUGGAACAGUACAAAGACCAAAGUCCAACCAUUCGACUGUUUGAGUACCUGGAGGUCACGCAACCACAACUGACCAUUCAACAGCUCAGAAACGCGAUGUUAGAUAUCAGGAGAAAUGAUCUGUUUAGUCUCUUGACGACAAAAGGUGGCUUUACUGGUUCUGAAAGGGUCCAGGAAGUAAUGACUUCACAACCCCAUUCACCUUGGGCUAGUCUUUUAGAUGAGAUUGCCCUAGCCCUAGAUGUAACGUCACUUGUGUUGGCAAAUUGGUACCGCUUGGCGAUAAAACUUGGCGUGCCCAGGGAAGACUGUUGGAAUUUCGAAAGACGUUCAACUCAAAGCCCAACCAACGAGCUGUUCCAGUAUUUGGAGGCUAAUCGUCCGCAGAUGACACUUAAGAAACUAAAGGAAACUCUACACGACCUGAAAAGGAUGGAUUUGCUUUACUAUCUAGAUAAGCAGAGCCUAGAAGGUAAUGUUCAGUUUGUAAGAGGUCAAAAAAUUAAGAACAUUAACUGUAGAGAUCGAUAGUUUUUUUGUCGGCCCAAUGGUGUUCUCGUCGGACUCAGAACGAGAGGUUUGGGCUCUAUUCUUUUCAGUUGCCAUCUAUGGUAACCUUAGACAAGCCACUGUGUUUUAAUUUACUCCAGAGUGUCACAAAUAACACACUAUCCAAUGACAUCCCAUCCAAGGAAUAUAAUAAUACACACCCUUAGUCACUUCACGCUAAUGAAAUCCAGAAAAUUAUUGUUAAAGGCUGGCCACGAAGCCCUUGAGAGAUUUAACCCUCUUACAACAUUUUGUGAAAUUUUCUACUCUUCGCAAUGGUGUCUACGGAAAGGGCCAAAUCUAAAAUUUGUAUUUCUCAUUUUUGCUGCCUCGGUUCAACGAAUUGGCACAAGCCGAACUUUCCUGGCUUUUCUUUGACGGAAUUCUCAACCAUGUCC